CACAGUGUACACUGGGAAACUGGCAUAAAAGAAAGAAAGACUAUAAAAGCUUGGUUUUCCAGCAUAGAAAAAAUAUAGAUAACAAUUACACAAAAGUUUGGGGGUGAGGCAGAGAAGUCCUUUGGGGCUAAUAAUCAGUGUAUUGGCAGAGAUCUGGUAUGGAUCCAACCUCUUCAUCCACAGUUUCCCAAUCAUCUUAUUCCUCAAGGGUAGAGACUCUUGGAGAUGCCAGUAGCUUUGCAAACUCAGUAAUGGGUCUACAUGGGGCCAAUUAUUCUCACUUCUUCACCUGCCUGAUUAGCCCUCAUCAGUGAACCCAACAUCCUCCCAGCUGACAGCUGAUGGGCCACCCAGGGAAAAAGAUGGCUCUGCGAUGUCUCUCUUCAGCACGGGAUCAGUUGUGAGUGCCUCUCAGGGAGGGGGCUGCCUCACUCCCCUCACCACGUGAGAGGUUAAAAUCAGUAGCAGGCUCUGAUCCCCAGAUUCAAUCUAUGGAUCCAAUGAGCCUGGUUUUGUCUUAACUGUUUUUCUAGUGAAACUUUGCUCUGAUCACCAGAGCAGCACUCUGCCACCAAGUCACUUGCCUUAUUGGAAUCAUGGUUUGCUUAAGAACAUCUCAAGCAACCUCAAAGGAGGAAAUUCACUGGUGUUUGAUUAUCAUCAGGUAAUACUCAGAUUUCUGGGAAGUGUUAACUACUGAUAUAUAAUCUGUAAGGAAGGGAAUGUCCAAGACAGCAAUCCUACCCAUAGGCUGAUUUGCCAAGACAUGGAGAAUUCUAGUAACUUAGAAAAGGAUAUUUGUGGCUCAGGAGGAAGAUCUGUUUGCUCCUGAAGGUACCCGAUGGUUUAGUGUUUUUCAAAGUACUCAGAGACCAGCAAUUUCAGAUUCACUAGAUAUGGGGUCUGGCUGUAGACUUACUAGACCACAUUUUCUCAGGUUGGGACCUGGAAUCUGCACAUGCAACAAGCUUCUCCAGUGAACCUUCAGCAGGGCACCUUAAUGUUUAAGAACCAUUGUUUGGGAUCACUCUUGCUCAGAGAUACUGGCUGCUCUCUUUGGUUGUAGCUGUACUUCAUUGUACUCCCACUCUGCUAUCCUAAGGAGGAGAGCAAAGAGGCAGGCAAAAACAAGCCACUUGACUACUCAUUCCUCAUCUACAGGCCCCAGGCACCUGCUCUCACUCCUAGACUCUCCACAAGCUGUUUUCUUAUGAUAGGACUACUCAAGUUUUCUUCCUAGUUUUCAUUCACAGGUACAGACUGCAGCCAACAGAUCUAGUGGUUACUCCAGCAUCCUUUGAAAGACUGUCAGAGAUGUUGGUUUUUCCAUAAUCCCUUGCUUCACUAACGCUCUAUAGUUUGAAUAGUUUUGAGUUUAGUGCAGACCGGAAAAGUGAGACGAAAGGGGAGGAGAAGAGACAGAGAGAAUGGAUUUAAAGCAAGUAAUGAACCUGGAGGCUUUGCUCAAAUACCCAUUGUGUUAUCCAUCACCCUACCCUAUACCAUCCCAUGUCCGCACCUGAGUGUUGGCCCUAUUCCUACUCUUCUCUGUUUUUGUCCAUUCUUCUAAUUAGAGAGAUCCUUAAAGACCUUUUACCCACGCUGAAAUGGUCUAUUGAAAGAAGAUGUGAAGCUGGAUCUAAAGAAGUUCUACUUUACUUCUACCAUUCCCGAACUUCCUUGAAGUUCCUGUAAAUUAUUGCAUCCUGGGAUUUGUACAGUCAAUUCUUAAAAGUUCUUAUAAUUUGCCUUGAAGCUGAGUUUGCUUUUGACACCAAUAGGGCCAAUGAUAUUUGCAACCCAAAUCUAGGGCUAUCCACAUUCUUGCACUGAUGGGAUUUGUUAUAAACUAGCAGCUGUUGGGUUAAGAAUGGCUGACUGUUACAUCUCAGUGUUACCAAAUAAAUCACUUAUGCUCUAUGUGCUCUAAAAGAAGUUACCAAUGCUCUGUGUUCAGAUUUGCUCUCUCAUAUUUUAAGUGUCUCACCUUCAUUAGGGCAGAUUACCUCUUUGAGCAUUUAGUGCUUUCUUCUUGUCAUUAUUCACAGUGUUCUAUCAACAGCCACAGCACAUUCACUACCUACUUGACAGCUAAAUUUAGUUAUCCAUAUGUCCAGAGUCUUUUAUCUGACAGUUUGCUGAUUCUGGAAACUGCCAGUAGGAUAAACCAGAAUCUUUGCCUGUUUGAUACAGCUCUUUCCUCUCUGGAAUCCUCCCAACACUUUUCACAGCUAUGUUAUUCAUUUACUCUCCUGAGGGCAGGAGAAGGGGGCUCAAUUUCGUCCUUUUCUAUCUCACCCCAAUCACAUCUGCUGGUUUCAAAGUCUUCACAACAUAGAGUUCCCGCCGUGGCUCAGCAGACUGACAUCAUUGAGGAUGCAGGUUCGAUCCCUGGCCUCACUCAGUGGGUUAGGGAUCUGGCAUUGCUGUGGUCUGUGGUGCACGUCUCAGAUCCCAUGUUGCUGUGGCUGUGGUGUAGGCCAUCAGCUACAGCUCCAAUUUUAUCCCUAGCCUGGGAAUCUCUAUAUACUGCAGGUAUAUCCCUAAAGAGACCAAAAAAAAGAAAAAAAGAAAAAAAGAAAAAAAAAAAAAGAAAAAAGUCUUCACAACAGAAGAUCCUUGCCAAAGAGCACAGGGUAUUUAACAGACUCCAGAGCCCAAAAGUAAUUCAGCAACAGAGCAGCCAAUGGAGCAGAAGGGAGUGUGGUGUUUAAUUGACGCAUCCAUGGUUUUGUUCAUUAUCUCAGUAGAAAAGGAUUUUUACACAGCCCUAGUCCUGGGGAGGGGCUGUUCCUUCCCCGCUGUCCCCAACAGCCUUUGAGAAUAAAGAGAAUCCAUUCACUAGAAAUGAUGGUGUCUUCAUGAAGGAUGGAUGACAUUUUCCCCUUGGUUGAUGCUCCCAAGUGCAAGAUCGCAGUCUGCUGUGUACAGCCUCAUACCAUUCCCAUCUCUCCACAUUCCAACCCCCAUGACCUUUAGAGCCGACAGUAGUGCCUGGCUUGUGCCAAGUUCAGAGAAACAAUUUUAUAGCUGAGCCAAUGAACCAUCUUCAACUCCUCUAGAACAUUCAGGAUCCUCUGAAGGCCUGUUUAGUCACUCUUGUUUAGUACACCUGUCUCUGUCAGAUAUACUAAAUUGUUUAGUGGUAGGUUGCUAGCCAAAUUUUGUCAUUGUUUCAUUUAUUUAUUUUAUCAUUGUUUCAUUUUGUGUUGUCUAUCUCUCCGACAAGAGCAAUCAAAGCUAACAUUCUUAAUGUGUCAUGCUUUGUUCAAGUGCUUUAUGUGAAUCAACUCAUUACAGUUUUACAAUCUUUUGAGAUGAGCGCUAUUAUCCCUAUUUUGCAGAUGUGAAAACUGAAAAUGAGAGAGGUUAAGUAAUAUUUCAGGUUACACAGCUAGUUAGUGAUGAGGCUUGGAACCUUGAUGGUCUGAUGCCAUAACAUAUGUGCCUAAAUACAAAAUAUACUGUCUCUAGAAUACAAACUUUCUGAGGUCAAACACUCUUGAAUUCCUGACGCAGAGAACACAGAGCUAAGCCUAUGGAAGAUGGUCAAUAAAUAUUUGGUAAGUAACUAUUUCAUUAUUCAGAAAUUUUUAAGAUCCUUAAAAGACCAAAAUGUGUAUAUUUCCCAUUGCUGCCAAGUAAUGUUUCCUAAUGAAUCAACCAGCCAAGCAGAGGAGACCUUCUUUAUGACAGAGUUCCAUCAACAAAGCCAGACUUCCUCAAUGAGAACAAUCUUCAGCUGAAGAUUAAGAGCCCCUGGGAGUUUCACCUUAUUUUCUGUGGUCCCUUCUCUCCACAUCGCGGAGCACUGGAGAAAUAUGGAAGGGGCAAACCUGAGCCAAGAGAUUGAGUUUGAGCUGUUGGGACUCACCAGUAACCCCUGGCUCCAGACGCUGCUCUUUGUGAUGUUCCUGGGCAUGUACAUCAUCACCCUGGUGGGGAAUCUUAUUAUGUUCCUUCUGAUCCAUGUGAGUGCCACCCUGCACACCCCCAUGUACUCCCUCCUGAAGAGUCUCUCCUUCUUGGACUUCUGCUACUCCUCCACAGUUGUCCCCCAGACGCUGCUGAACUUCUUGGCCAAGAGGAAAGUGAUCUCCUAUCUUGGCUGCAUGGCUCAGAUGUUUUUCUAUGCAGGUUUUGCCACCAGUGAGUGCUAUCUCAUUGCUGCCAUGGCCUAUGACCGUUAUUCUGCCAUUUGUAACCCCCUCCUCUACCCAAUCUCCAUGUCUCCCGAGGUCUGUGUCUCUCUGAUUGUGGGCUCCUACAGUGGGGGAUUUCUCAAUUCUCUAAUCCAUACCAGCUGUAUCUUUAGUCUGAAAUUCUGUGGUGCUCACGUGGUCACUCACUUCUUCUGUGAUGGACCUCCCAUCCUAUCUCUGUCUUGUGUGGACACCUCACUGUGUGAAAUCCUGCUCUUCAUUUUUGCUGGUUUCAACCUUUUGAGCUGUACCCUCACCAUCUUGGUCUCCUACCUCUUGAUUCUCAUCACCAUCCUGAGAAUGAACUCAGCUCAGGGCAGGUUCAAGGCCUUUUCCACCUGUGCUUCCCACUUCACUGCUGUGUGCCUCUUCUAUGGCACAACUCUUUUCAUGUACCUGCGCCCCAGGUCCAGCUACUCCUUGACCCAAGACCGCACAGUUGCUGUGAUUUACACAGUGGUGAUCCCAAUGCUGAACCCCCUUAUCUACUCUUUGAGAAACAAGGAUGUAAAAGAAGCUUUAAGAAAGGUCUGGGGUAGGAAAAUAAUGGAAUGAUCUCAAUUCAACACCAUAUAUCUUUAGAAAGCUGAGGGAAAUUUAUAUAGGGUCAACCUGAACACAGUCCCAUGGUUGCCUGUUUAUAGGGAGUACUCUUGGGUCUGUGGAUGCUUCUGCAUCUACCUGCCACAGGAAGAACUGAUGGCAUCACAGAGACUAAAAAGAAGAGAGGACUAUCUUCUUGUUGCAUAAUUGGGCCAUUGGCAAUAUUUACUCACAACUUUGUUCAGAAGUUUCAUUUGUAUUUCCAAGUUUGUGAAUAUUUUAUUACUACAAAUUGACAUAUAUACACACACACACACACAUAUAUACAUACAUACAUGCACACACACACACACACA